UCCGGACAAUAUAUAUAUACCUCUCCACCCCUCUUCAUAGGCUGACGAACGCUCUCUCAAUCUCAGUUCUCACAUUUCCAUUUUCUCUUCCGCCGCAGGAGUGAGAGAGAGGAGAGGAGAGGAAAAAAAAAAAACAGAGCAGAACAAUGGCGGAUAGUGCUGAAAUCAUGGUGCAGAAGAAUGGAGGAGAGGAAGAGAACAUGGCCGCUUGGCUUCUCGGUGUCAACACCCUCAGGAUUCAGCCUUACCAGCUUCCUCCUCUUGGUCCUCAUGAUGUCAAAGUUGGCAUAAAGGCGCUUGGCAUUUGUGGAAGUGAUGUUCAUCACUUCAAGACUAUGAGAUGUGCCAAUUUCAUAGUGAAGAAGCCCAUGGUGAUUGGGCAUGAAUGUGCUGGGAUCAUUGAAGCUGUAGGUAGUGAAGUGAAGAACCUUGCCCCUGGUGACCGUGUCGCCUUGGAGCCAGGGAUCAGUUGCUCAAGAUGCGACCUCUGCAAGAAUGGCCGCUACAACUUGUGUUCUCAAAUGAGGUUCUUUGGUUCUCCACCAACCAACGGUUCUCUUGCCAACAAGGUUGUACACCCAGCGAGCCUAUGCUACAAGCUGCCUGAGAACGUGAGCUUGGAGGAAGGAGCGAUGUGCGAGCCCCUCAGCGUCGGUGUUCAUGCCUGUCGCCGUGCUCAAGUUGGGCCGGAGACAAGUGUGUUGAUCUUGGGAGCAGGUCCCAUCGGCCUCAUUACCUUGCUGGCUGCACGUGCAUUCGGUGCUCCUCGAGUUGUGAUGACCGAUGUAGAUGAGAGCCGUUUGGCCAUUGCCAAGAGCCUUGGUGCUGAUGAGCUCAUUCAAGUCUCGACUGAAAUGAAGGAUGCUAGUGACGAAGUGGUGAAGGUGCAAACUGCAAUGGGUACAGGGAUAGAUGUGACAUUUGACUGUGUGGGAUACAACAAGACCAUGACUACAGCUCUGAAUGCAACUCGCUCUGGUGGGAAAGUUUGCCUCAUUGGUUUGGCUCUGAGUGAGAUGACCGUUCCACUCACCCCAGCUGCUGCUAGGGAAGUAGAUGUGAUUGGGAUAUUCCGAUACCGGAACACAUGGCCACUCUGCCUCGAUUUCCUGAAGACUGGCAAGAUUGAUGUGAAACCAUUGAUAACUCACAGGUUUAAGUUUACUCAGGAGGGUGUAGAUGCUGCUUUCGAGACUAGUGCUCGUGGCGGGAAUGCCAUUAAAGUCAUGUUCAAUCUCUAAGCAAAUCGAUUUAAGAGAGUAGCCGGAGUGGAUGAGCUAUUGCUGAGAUUUCUCUGUUAUGUUUCUGUAAUUUGGGGUGGGUAUGGGAGGAAAGCUAAAUCAAAAAAGUCUUGUACCGAGUCGCUCAAUAAUAAGAUGCCUCCUCCGGCAAAUCAUUUCCACCAUUUCUGUAUGCUUAAAAAGCUAAGAACUCAAACCCUAACAGACAUUGAGAUGAUGUCAGGAACCUGCCAAAUUGUAUUGCCAUGACAGAGAAGAAAACAGGGGAUGUACC